GAGAGAAAGUUAUAUGGUAUGGGUAUAUGAUGGAUUAAAUAUUUGAAGAUAUAUCAAAUACUCACUCAUCAUUCUCUUACUUCCUUUUCAAGGAUACUUUAUUUAGAUGAAAAACUUGAAAGAGUAAAGAGAAAAAAAAGUAGAACCGAGGUUGGUAUGUGAGAGUGUCACCUGGAACUGUGUUCCUUUCAAUUACAGUGUUGGAGAUUCCUUUCACUUACUAAUAAUCUUAAUCACUCAUCUUGGGAUUUUCAUUCAUCCCUUUAAUUAACACCUUACAUACAUUACAUUACAUUACAUUAUUAUAAGUUUAUGAUUAUGGAAUCUACCACCAAUCUCCAACAAGACCAACCAUCCCCUGUUGUUGACCCUUCUUCUUCUUCUGCUUCUUCUUCUUUAUCCAAUUCCACUCCAUCCUAUGCAACAAUCCACUCUUGGAACCCUAACAUCACUUUGAAUAAUGCAGGGAACUUCAACUCAAACCUCCAAGAAGCUACUAAUCAAAGAUCAAGAUCAUGUUUAAUAGCACACAAGAGUGAUAUGAUUCAAGAUUUAGGUUAUCAUAAUCAGUGGACAAGUGAUGAAUUUUCAAAGGAAGAGAUCUCAUUUGCUAAUUUCCCCAAAUUCACAGAAAUGCUUAAUUACACAACUCCUAAUAAUUCAACCAUGCUCAAGACUCUUUUAACUGAACAAGACUUUUAUAGUUCUCAAAGUUAUAAUAAUCCUAAUUUUGGAGGCACAAAUCACAUUGCAAGUAGCCAGAUUCACCCAAGUAUAAACAUCUCAAACUUGAAUCACUACUCUUCCUCCACAACUUUGGAUAUGAACAUGCAGUCCUUAGAUCUAUUAACCACUUCACCGACAUCAUUUACUAAUACUUCUCAGCCUCAUUUUGGUAAAUUUACUCAUCAUGACAACAACCUUUCUUUUCAUCUUCAUCCUAUGCACCACUCCUCUUCUAGUAACUCUAGUAAUCAAUCGCUAUUGAGCAAUAUUGGCACGGUAGAAACAAAGAGAGGGUGCACCUUGAUGGAGUCAAAAGUUUCUCAAUCUCAAACAGCAUUGAAGAAAUCACGAUCUUCAUCCGAAUCACGCCCUUCGUGCCCACCCUUUAAGGUUAGGAAAGAGAAAUUAGGAGAUAGGAUUGCGGCUCUUCAGCAGUUGGUAGCUCCUUUCGGAAAGACAGACACGGCAUCCGUACUAAUGGAAGCUAUUGGAUACAUUAAAUUCCUUCAAGGCCAAGUCGAGACAUUGAGCGUUCCGUAUAUGAAGUUAUCACAAAACCAAAACAAUAGAGUGAUGAGAGGGGAUUCAACAACAUGCGACAUAAAUGGAGAACCAAAGCAAGAUUUGAGAAGUCGAGGUCUAUGUCUCGUGCCAUUGUCAUGUAUGUCAUACAUAGUAACUGAUGGCGGCACUGAACCGUGGCAACAACACCAUAACUUUGGUAGACCAACUUAAUUAUUGGUAGUAUUAGUAUUUUAAUUAAAACCAAAUAAUCAAUCAAAUGGAACUUAGGAGCUAAAAACAAAUCCAAUUGUAUCCAUGCAUGCAUGUUUAAUGGAGCAAACUUGAUCUUCCUUCGUAAGAGUCAAUGAUGGUCAAGUUUGAUCCCUUAAAUUAAACAUCUUCUAUCAUUAAUUUUUUACCUAUGUUUUGCCGCCCAUUGUUCAUUAGGGCUAAUAUGAUUUUCAGUUUUUUUUUCUGAA